GGCGCGCGCCUGCGCACUGCUGUCCAUGUGGGCUCCUGCCGUCAGCCGGCCCAGGUGAGCCGCCGCGCGAACCGCCGCCUCGGCCAGGCCCUGCCACCAGCCGGGCAGCCGCCACCGCCUAGCCGUUGCCGCCCCCUCUCGGUCUUCACGUUGCCAUGGGCAAGAGCAGGACGAAGCGCUUCAAGAGACCUCAGUUCUCCCCUACCGGCGACUGUCAGGCCGAGUUGGCAGCGGCGGCGAACGGGACUGAGCUGGAGGAGGACGACGGGCCGGCGGCGGAGCUGCUGGAAAAGCUCCAGCACCCAAGCGCCGAGGUCCGCGAGUGCGCGUGCGCGGGGCUGGCCCGGCUGGUGCAGCAGCGGCCGAUGCUCCCGGACCUGGCGCGCCGGGACGCCGUGCGCCGCCUCGGGCCGCUGCUGCUCGACCCCAGCCUGGCGGUGAGGGAGACGGCGGCCGGCGCGCUCAGGAAUCUCAGUGCUUGUGGAGGUUUUGAGGUUUGCGAUGACAUGGUGACUAAGGACAUCAUGACGCCCCUGGUCCCACUGCUUCGGGAGUGUAGUGCUAGACUGGAUUCAAACGAGGUGCCUCCCCGGGAAGAGAAAGAGCAGGACAGAAGUUCUGUUGAGAACAUAGCCAACGAGGCCGUGAACGUGCUGUGGAAUAUCUGUGAAUGCAGUAACAGAGCAGUGUCUAUAUUCAACAAAGAAGGGUGUUUGGAGAGCGUAUUGAAGUAUCUAAGUAGGUUUCCCACCAAUGUUGACCUGGCCAUUUCAGCAGCAUAUUGUUUGCAGACGGUAACUGAAGAUAACCCAGAGCUACUGAAAUCCUUCGGUGCCUCAGCAUUGCGUGUGCUGGAAUCCGCCAUGCGGGCUCCUGUCAGUUCCAUGGCAUACAUCCUGUUGAAGACACUGGUGGCAGGCACAGUUUGGAAUCUAAAGGACAUUAUUCCGUCCAAGAGUCAAGCAGAAAUCAUAAGCGCCAUCCUCAAGAUCUUAUCCGAAGUUCUGGAAAUGGAUGCUGGCGCAGUGGUCAUUCAGAUGAAGGAGGCCGAGACGCAGAGGCUGAGAACCGCCGCGGAGACCGAGGAAAGGUUAGAGAAUGCGAACGGCGUGGGUCUGACCGAAGACGACGAGAUGGAAGAAACUCCUCCCAAGAGAAGGGUCAGGAGGAAAACUUUGAUCUCAGAUUUACUUCCGCCCACUAACGAGGAGCUGAGAGAGGCCACGGCGCUGCUGACGGCGCAGCAGACGGCGCUGGAGAUCAUCGUCAACAUGUGCUGCAGCGAAGAUCCCUCGGACGACGAGUGGGAGGAAGAGCUUUCCAGCAGCGACGAGAGCGAGGCGUUCAUGGAGAGUUCCCUCAGCGACGGCGGGGGGCAGCUGCUGUCUCCCCUCUGCCUCUCCCACGAGACGCACGCUGCCCUCACCAACUUCCACAUCCCCAGGAAGGUGUUUGAGAAAACUGCCUUUCCCAGCAGCGCUGCAGUGGACGUGUGUUCCAGGAGCCCCACGUGGAAACCUUUGGUUAGAAAGAUGAACACCGUGCAGUGGCGAGCCCUCGUGUGUCUCCAGAGCCUCGUGUCCCUGCUGGAGGUGGAGCACCUGGGCGGGGCGCCGGCCCUCCAGGCCCUGGCGCAGCACCUGUCCACCCUGCUCUUCUCUCAGCCAGACCUCGCCAAGCACGCGGACUUCCUGGAAGCCAUCAGCAGCGCCUUGAGGGCCCUUCUGCAGACCAUGGCCGCCAAGAACAUUGCUCAGUGCAUGACCCCCGACCAGCUGAUGACGCUGUGCAGAGCCGGCAUCCAGAGUGGCAGCGUCGGCGUGAGAGUGAACAUGGUUAGCAUUUUGGGAAUCACAGGCAGCGUCCUUGCCAAAGAAGAUGGUGCACUUGAAACACUCAAGACCAUCGGGUGCUUCCUGCUGGAGGUGGCCACCAAGGACCCCUCGCUGGUGGUGGUGGGAGAGGCCCUGGACGCCCUCUUCGACGUGUUCGCCGACGGGAGUGAGGCUGAGAGGGCCUCGGUGCAGAUCCGAUUGUUAUCUGCCCUGAAGGAGUUCCAGCCAGUCUUCAAGAUGAAGAUCCGAAAAGAAGGGAAAGGCAAAUACAGUCCAGAUCAGCUGUGCGUGCUCGACAACGUGAAGAUGAACUUGAGGAGGUUUGUCGCUUAUCAAGAGACUGUUGAGAAAAGACUGACUGCUUGACCCGUUGAAAGAGAGCAGUUCUUGUCCCAAAGUGUUCAGCUCCACAGGGUUCCUUGGCGUGUGCACAUUUCCGAAAGCCGCUGGUCAGUGUCUAUUCCGUGUGUUAGUUUGAAGUUCUCAGAACUUCGGAGCUGUCAGAAACUGUCCUUCCUGGAGCUCUGGGACCGGGCGGCGUUUCUCGAGCUCUCUCCGCCUCGGUCACCAGUCACGGGAAGGCUGGGAGCAUGGAGGAACCUCAGGUGGUGCUCGGUGAGCAGUGCAGAAACUUGACUGAAUUUUGAAAAAACAGGAAAACCAAAAGCAUUGCUUGGAUGUUCUUUUAAGUCAAUAUCGUUUUAUAUUAGCUGAAUUUUUAAACGAUUUGAAGACAAGCUUGAUAAAAGAUUUUUGGUAUGAAGUAUAUCAAUUAUGUUUACCUUUUGUGAAGUGAAUGAAUUGAAUUUGUAUUCCACUAUUUCGUAGAAUGUACGAAAGAGCUAAUGAGGUUAUUAUCACCUUCUAUAUAAACAGAUCAGCUCAAUAUAUUGCUUUGUAACCUCCUUGUUUAAUUUGAUAUGUCAUCAGAAUUGGAGGAAAAUAUUUUUAAUAAAUACAUUUUUAA